UCUUGGAUUACUCAAUCUUGGGUUUGACUCGUUUUAUCUUGUUUCCUUGUUGCAUGAUUACAUUUGGUAUGAUUCAAUUUCUGGGUUUUGCUCUGCUUAAUUGUCUAUAGAAGUGAAGUCAUAGAAAAGAAAUUACAAUUUGAUGUUAUUUGAUAACCCAAUUUAGUAUUUAAUUCUGAAUGGUUUAAGCACUAAUAUUAUCUAAUUAAUUGCGUUUAAUAAUGUAAUUUGAAUAUUGCUUACCACUGAAUGCUAAACACUUAAAAUUCAAAAAUAUAUGAAACAAUCUUUAUUUUUGUUAAUACUUAUAAACUUCCGCACUUAAUAAUCAUCUCUUAAAAUUUUUUAUUACUUAAUUUUUAGUUUUAUCAAAAAAGCACUUUAGACUGCUUAGUUGUGGGCGUGUGUGUUUUGUAAUUUGUUUAUUUUCUUGGUUUCUAAUAAUUGAAAAUUUUAUUGAUCAAAGGUUUUUACUUCUUGUCUUUUACUUAUAUGUUCAGAGUCAUCACUGAAAUGUAGUUAGCAAAUAAAAAAUGUUGUGGGGAGCAGAGUUACUGUGACUGAGAUUUUAAACUUUUCACUUGGGUAUUGUUUAACUGGCAUAUUGGUAGUACUUGACAUUGAGAGCAAAAGUUUAGCAUUUUUUUCUUUGAAAACAAUGUAGGUACUCAUUGAAAUGUUAUCUGAAAGGUGCCUUUAUUUCUAGAAAGCAAUCCAUUUGUUGUGCUUCACCAUUUUUUUUCUUUCUUUUACCUUUCCGCUCUUAUUAAUUUACAUUGGGAAGAUCAGUAACACGUUACUGAGUAAGGUACAAAUUCAUAUUUCAUUAGUAUAGUGGUACCUGCGUUAAAUAUUUAGAUAGAAAAAUAAGCAUUCUUGUGGAGUAUAUAUAAAGGAAUCCAAAACAAUUACUACACAAAGAAAUAGAAUUCCUAUUAACAAACAGCAUAUAAAUGCCAAGAAUAUAACCUGCAUAUUUUGCAAUUAACAUGUGAAGAAAUAUUGAAAAAAGAUUGCUCAUAAAGGACUUCAUCGCUUCUGAAAUGUGACCUCUCUUCCUGAGGCACAAUCAAUUCCUGUGAUGGGAUAAUCACUGGUCGUUUUGAAAUGAGAAGCAUUUGUAAACUUCUCUAUGUUCUGAGGCUUUAGUAGUCAAGCUGUGGAUAAUUUUCUUUAAUUAUAUUAUAUUGUAUUUAUUUUUAUUUUUGAUCAGUAACUUCUCAUACAUUCUUGGUUGGUGAGAUACUAUUGUCUUUUCAAUUGUUUUUAAGUUUGAGAGUGAUGGUAUUGAUACGAUGCUACUUUAAUUAGUUAACUGUUUUCAGUUUCAAAUACUAGGAUGGUUGUGGUGGACGCAGUUGCUUUCAGAUAACCAAUUACAAGAAUUCAGGCAGGAAUGCACCAGAGAUAAUGUAUGUAGAAUUUGAUUUCUGCAUGGACUAAAUUGCUAUUUUCUUCACGGUCCAAUCUUCCUAGAGACUUUCAAACAUCAGCAAAAUCUUUGUACGUUAUAUAUGUGUGUAUAUAUAUUAUAUUUAUGUUCGGUCGAUUGAGUAUUGAGAUGGAUGUGGGUAUAGAUAAUUCCAAAAUUAGAUAUGUUGUAACUCUCUUCUAGUUCUCUUUGCUCAUGUAGCAAGUGUGGACAUACCUGGUUCUUGGAAGCAUAUCAAACUUCUUUAGAGCAACUUGGGUCUUUGAUGCGUCCUUUUUGUUUUAUGUAGCAUGUUAUGGUGAUAGCAACAAUUGAAAAUGGGUUCACUGUUAGAUGCAUCAGCAUAAAUUGUGGAUAAAAGGCACUACAGCAGUUGAAAUUGCAUCUGGCCUGCAUUGGUAUUUAAAAUAUUGGUGUGGUGUUCACGUUUCAUGGGACAAGACGGGUGGCAUUCAGAUAAUUUCUGUCCCCAAGCCUGGAGCAUUGCCUCUUGUUUCAGAUGAGGGAGUUACGAUUCUACGUCCAGUCCAGUGGAAUUAUUACCAAAAUGUUGUUACUUCCAGUUAUUCAUAUGUUUGGUGGGAUUGGGGAAGGUGGGAGAAGGAGAUAGAUUGGAUGGCUCUUCAAGGAGUUAACCUGCCUUUGGCAUUUACAGGUCAAGAAGCCAUUUGGAAAAAAGUUUUCUCGGAUUUUAAUAUUAGUGCGCAAGAUUUGAAUGAUUUCUUUGGUGGACCUGCUUUUCUUGCCUGGGCGCGCAUGGGAAAUUUGCACGGGUGGGGUGGGCCUUUGUCACAAAAUUGGUUGGAUCAACAGUUGGUGUUGCAGAAACAGAUUUUAUCUCGAAUGAUAGAGUUGGGCAUGACUCCAGUACUGCCAUCAUUCUCUGGGAACGUGCCAGCGGUACUGAAAGAGAUAUUUCCUUCUGCAAAUAUAAGUAGACUUGGGGACUGGAACACUGUUGAUGGUGAUCCUCGGUGGUGUUGUACUUUCCUUCUCGAUCCUUCUGAUCCUUUAUUUGUGGAAAUUGGAGAGGCUUUUAUUAAGAGACAAAUUAAAGAAUACGGGGAUGUCACCAACAUUUACAACUGUGAUACAUUCAAUGAGAACUCCCCACCUACAAGUGAUCCGACAUAUAUCUCAACUCUUGGAGCUGCCGUUUAUAAAGCAAUGUCCAAAGCGGAUGAGGAUGCUGUGUGGCUAAUGCAGGGUUGGCUAUUCUCAUCAGACUCAUCAUUCUGGAAGCCACCACAAAUGAAAGCACUUCUACAUUCUGUUCCAUUUGGGAGGAUGAUAGUUCUUGAUCUAUUUGCUGAUGUUGUACCCAUAUGGAAGGCAUCGUCUCAAUUUUAUGGCACUCCUUAUAUUUGGUGUAUGCUGCACAACUUUGGUGGAAAUAUUGAAAUGUAUGGCAUAUUGGAUGCAAUUGCUUCAGGUCCAGUUGAUGCCCGUGUCAGUGAGAAUUCGACCAUGGUUGGUGUUGGCAUGUGCAUGGAAGGAAUAGAACAAAAUCCAGUUGUCUAUGAGCUGAUGUCUGAAAUGGCAUUUCGAUCUGAUAAAGUCCAGGUUGAGGAAUGGCUGAAAACCUACUCUCGUAGACGUUAUGGUAAAGCAGUUCAUCAAGUUGAGGCAGCUUGGGAAAUUCUACACCGCACAGUUUACAAUUGUACAGAUGGAAUUGCUGACCAUAACAAUGAUUUUAUAGUUAAAUUUCCUGAUUGGGAUCCAUCCCCAAACACCAGUUCUGAAAUAUCAGAACAAAACCAGCUGCAAAAGCUCUUUCAACCACACGGACACAGAAGAUUCCUUUUCAGUGAAACAAGGUCCCCCUUACCUCAAGCACAUUUAUGGUAUUCUAACCAUGACGUCAUCAAGGCAUUGCGGCUGUUCCUUGAUGCGGGAAGCGAUCUUGCUGGAAGCCUCACGUAUAGGUAUGACUUGGUUGACUUAACUAGACAAGUACUGUCAAAGCUAGCAAACCAGGUGUAUUUGGAUGCAGUGACUGCUUUCCAGGACAAGGAUGCAAAAGCUUUGAGUUCUCAAAGCCAGAAAUUCCUACAGCUCAUUAAGGACACUGAUAAACUUCUUGCCGCCGAUGAUAGUUUUCUACUUGGAACUUGGCUCGAAAGUGCAAAAAAACUGGCCCUAAAUCCUAGCGAGAUGAGUCAGUAUGAGUGGAAUGCAAGAACACAAGUUACAAUGUGGUUUGAUACUACAAAUUCCAUUCAGAGUCAACUUCAUGAUUAUGCAAACAAGUUCUGGAGUGGACUGUUAGAAGACUACUAUCUGCCACGAGCCUCAAAAUAUUUCACUCAUUUGUUGAAGAGCUUGAGACAAAAUGAGCCCUUCAAGUUGGAGGAAUGGAGAAAAGAAUGGAUAGCAUUUUCAAACAAAUGGCAAGCAGAUACCACACUUUACCCAGUGAAGGCUCAAGGAGAUGCCCUAGCAAUCUCAAAUGCUCUUUAUGAGAAGUAUUUCAGCUAAAGACUUGAGCAGAUUUUUUGUGAAUAAAUGAAUAUGUAGAACAUUCAGACGUUCUGAUUUUGUGAAAUUUCACCACUUUGAUAAAACGACUGAUGUUGGUGACAGCAUAAGGUGAAAAACAUUCACUUUGCGUGUUAAAUGGAAAUCAAUCAGGGUUUACUUUAA